GUGACGGACGGCUUCAGAGCGAGCGCGACCGCUACAUCUUCAAUUUGGGAGGAAAAAAAAGCCAACAAACAACCCGUUUUUCAGCGUAACUCCUGCUGCUACACAACAGCAGCUGCACACAUCCCGGCUUUUACCGGCGCAUUGACCCGCCUGCUGUGUCGCUUGGGAAGAUGAUGUAAUUGGUCGGUUGUUUCUCAGGUGAAACCGUCUCAGUUGAGACCUCUUGCUGCAACUUGUUUGAUUCGUCCCUCAGAUCAAGAACUUCAAACUGGCUGAAAUGGAUGAACAAAGCGUUGAGAGCAUCGCUGAGGUGUUCCGCUGUUUCAUCUGCAUGGAGAAGCUGAGGGACGCUCGUCUCUGCCCUCACUGCUCCAAGCUCUGCUGCUUCAGCUGCAUACGACGGUGGCUGACGGAGCAGAGAGCUCAGUGUCCACACUGCCGCGCCCCCCUCCAGCUGAGGGAGCUGGUCAACUGUCGCUGGGCGGAGGAGGUCACCCAGCAGCUGGACACCCUGCAGCUCUGCAGCCUCACCAAGCACGAGGACAACGACAAGGACAAAUGUGAGAACCACCACGAGAAGCUGAGUGUUUUCUGCUGGACCUGUAAGAAAUGCAUCUGUCACCAGUGUGCUCUGUGGGGAGGCAUGCACGGCGGCCACACCUUCAAGCCCCUGGUGGAGAUCUACGAGCAGCACGUGACCAAAGUGAAGGACGAGGUCGCCAAGCUGCGCCGCCGCCUCAUGGAGCUCAUCAGUCUGGUGAAGGAAGUGGAGAGGAACGUGGAGGCUGUCCGGGGAGCGAAGGACGAGCGGGUCAGAGAGAUCCGGAACGCUGUGGAGAUGAUGAUCGCUCGCCUGGACAACCAGCUGAAGAACAAACUCAUCACCCUCAUGGGCCAGAAGACGUCCUUGACCCAGGAGACGGAGCUGCUGGAGUCUCUCCUGCAGGAGGUGGAGCACCAGCUUCACUCCUGCAGUAAGAGCGAGCUGAUCUCCAAGAGUCCAGAGAUCCUGCUCAUGUUCCAGCAGGUCCACCGUAAGCCCAUGCAGUCCUUCGUCACCACGCCGGUCCCUCCGGACUUCACCAGUGAGCUGGUUCCCUCCUACGACUCCAGCACUUUUGUUCUGGUCAACUUCAGCACCCUGCGGCAGCGGGCCGACCCGGUCUACAGCCCUCCUCUGCAGAUAUCCGGGCUCUGCUGGAGGCUCAAAGUCUACCCCGACGGGAACGGAGUGGUCCGUGGAAACUACCUCUCGGUGUUCUUGGAACUGUCUGCUGGACUUCCUGAAACAUCAAAGUACGAGUACCGCGUGGAGAUGGUCCACCAGGCCUCCAGCGACCCCACCAAGAACAUCAUCCGGGAGUUCGCCUCCGACUUCGAGGUCGGGGAAUGUUGGGGCUACAACCGCUUCUUCAAACUGGACCUCCUGGCCAGCGAGGGCUACCUGAACAUGCAGACGGACACGCUGGUCCUCCGAUACCAGGUCCGCUCCCCCACCUUUUUCCAGAAGUGCAGAGACCAGUACUGGUACAUCAGCCAGCUGGAGUCGGCCCAGAGCGGCUACAUCCAGCAGAUCAACAACCUCAAAGAGAGGUUGGCCAUCGAGCUGUUCCGCCGCCAGACGUCUCGCAGCUCCUCCCCCCCCGACAUGAGGCUCUCCGUGGGGACCACCACCGCCUCCGAGAGGGACCCCCGCUCGGUGAAGAGCGACGACGACCUCCAGACCGCCCUGAACCACGCUAAGAAAGGCGUGGAGGAGGAGAGGACGCAGCAGGACGACUCUAACGAGCUGUCCGACGGGGACCUGGAGGUGGACUGUCUGACGGAGGAGGAGGUGAACCCGCUGGAUGGCAGCAGCACCUCGGGGAGCUCCACGGCAACCAGCAACACGGAGGAGAACGACAUCGACGAGGAGACCAUGUCUGGAGAGAAUGACGUUGAAUUUAUUGGAAACCUGGAGACAGAAGAAGGAGAGCUUCCCGAUGACUUGGCUGGAGCAACAGGCGGUCCCAGCUCCGCCGUGCGUUCCUCACACCGCUCCGCCUCCGCUCGCGGCAUCGGUGGCGGCGCAGCAGCAGCAGCGUGCGGCGCCAUCGGGGCGGGGAGCAGCAGCCUCCUGGACAUCGACCCGGUCUUCCUGAUCCAGCUGCUGGAUCUGAAGGAGCGUCGCAGCGUGGAGUCUCUGUGGGGCCUCCAGCCGCGACCUCCUGUGUCCCUGCUGCACAGCCAAGCUCCCGCCCCCUCCAGGAAGGACCGAGAGCGCCGGCCUCAGGCGGUGCGGCGCUCCGCCCCCGACUCGGGGGUCCUGAUCCGCCUCAAGGCCCAGAUGGCCGAGGUCCGCAGCAAGAUGGCCGACCCAAAGAGUCAAGUGCUGGAGGCCCGGGGGGCCGGGGAGCCCAGGCCGGGCCCCUCGGGGGGCUUCAGCGGGGAGGAGCCACCCGCCGACUCAGAGCGGCCCUCCUGCCGUAAGCCGGACGAGCUGGACCUGCUGAUGAGGGCUGCUGCAGCUCGGCCCAGACCCGGUCGCCCCGCCAGGAGAUCUCUGUCUCCGGUCCUGGACAGCAGCAGCUCUCUGGUGAUGAAGAGGAGUCCGGAGGACAUGAUGGAGAAGGACCUGAGGGGGCCCGAGGUGUCCAGCGAGCUCAGUCUGCAUCUCAAAGAGGGGCCGGGGGGGGGAGAGGGGCCCAUGAAGGCGGAGCUGCAGGCCUCCAAGCUGCUGCAGCAGGAGCUGUUCGGGGCACCGGGGCCCCGGGACGACAUCUUCUCCCUGGGGGGGGCGAGCUACAUGACCGGCGGGAAGGGCCGGGCCCUCGGGGCGGCCAUGUUGGAGUGCGAGUCUGAGAGCUUGGGGAACUGCCAUCGCUCCCUGCUGGAGGGGCCCGCUGCCGCGUCGCAGUCAAACGAAGGUCAGCGCUCGCUCGCCGUCGGUCCUCGUGGCGGCAACGAGCAGCGACAGCGACACCGAGGACGAGGCUCUGCAGAGCAACGACUCUCGCUACGACAACCAGACCCCCCCCUGCUCAGGAGAGCAGCUUCUGUCUGACGACAUGAGUCUACCUGCUGACAGGUGAUCCCCCCCCCCACUCCUUUCUCCUCAGAAGACCCCCCCCCCCCCCCCCCCCACACACAAGCACGCUGCCUUCAUUCUUACACACGUCUAGAGUAGAAACUACGAUGCAUGAAGGAGAUGGAACCUCGAGCUGUUCCUCUUGUCCUGAAUAAUGAAGAGAAAACAGCCAGUAACUCAGGUGUGAUCUCAUAACAUCAACGUUUUAAGCUCUUCUCUUCACGUUCUGGACCAACGUCUCAGUUCAGUAAAGAAAACAAACAAAAAGACUGGAUCUCUGAAAGUGUCACUUGUCCAACGUGACCCCCCUCCUCAUGAAGUCAUAAGAGGCUGUCCUCGCCUACUCGACCCCACCCCGUCUCUUAUGUCCCCGCUCAAUGGUUCCACUGCGUGUGCCCCCCCCCCACCCCCCCCAGCGUGGUUCACGGCGAUGUCGUCUCUCAUGAAGGGUUAAACAAUCACUGGAUUACGGAACUUCUGACGUCUGUGGCGACGUUGGACGAGAAGCCCUCAGAAUGUUUGUUCAGAGGAGACCGAGCUUAGCGGGUUAGCUUAGCGGGUUAGCUUAGCUUAGCAUGAAAAAACCCACAUCUGCUGCUCGGCUCAGCGUGUUGACGUUUAGAUUUAGACUCAAACUGUGCUGAUCUCUUAAAGGGACACUCCGCCCCAAAAUGAAACUGUUUCCAGAUAAUCGGACCAUGUUGCAUGGACAGACUUUUUAGUUGCAACACGUCUCCUUCCAGAAAUCAAAGACUUGUCUCUUGCUUUAUAAAUAACACCACAAGUGAGGAACAAAGUACUAAACCGUUUUAAGGUGGAAGCGUUGAUCUAAUCGCCUCAGUCACGAUCGAGCCAAAACACCCUGAAUAGAUGUUUUUCACAGUGGACAUAUUAAGGAAAAGCUCAGGUGACCCGUCUGCAGCGCGGGAUGGAACUAAGCUUCCUUAUUCUUCAGUCUUGCUUCUCCUGCUCACCUGGUUUCACUUGCUUUUACAGCUACUUCGCUCUUCAUGCAGAUAUUUUUUUGUUUUAUUCGGGUUUGGAGUUUUUCUGAAUUUAAGUGAAGGAUUAACAAGAAGGAACGUUUAUAUUCUGAUAGAUUCACGAGUCUGGAGGCUUUUUAUAAUUUGAUGAUUCUGGGGGGAAAUGAGGCUCAUUUCCUCACAGAUGUUUUUUUUUUUUUUUUUUGUCAAAUAUUGCAAAUAGUUUUUUGUCACAGAUUCCUGACACUAAUCUCAAAGAAUAUCCUCUUUCUUCUGAUCGUAAUCAUUUAUUUUCUCCACUAACUUCUCUUUUCCAAAAGCUGCUUUGUAUUUUGAACAUUCCCUCGAUGCACCCUGCAUUGGUUGAUGUGUAUACUAACAUAUUUAAAUAAAUAAAAUGUUUUACGUAAAUAGAAAUGACCACAUUCUCGUGUCUUCUGUCUUCC